GUCCCGUCCGAAAACUUGUGUCUGACCACUUUGUUAUUGGGGAGAAAGUCAAAAACAACUCAAACCGCUACUUCUUCACAUGCAACUACUGCUCGGCAUCCAUUGAGGGCCGUGACGAUAACCAUCUCAAACAUUUAAUUGACCAAAAAACAUGUCCCAAUGCCCCUGAUCGUACUCGCGCAGAAGUUCGUGGCUAUCUUGCUACAAAAAAACGGACUCGACAUUGCUCUCGCUGACGAGCUACAAAGAUCAUUUGCAUGGAUCCCUCCCCUCGCAACAGACUCUGAUGACCAGGAUUAUCUUGCGGGUCCGGAAUCAAUUACAGAUGAGGAGUUGGUGGAUGAAUUUGAAAGAUUCGAGCGCGAGACGCGGGAGGCUGGCCAAGCGCGAGAAAAUGAUGAUGCAAGCGGUAGUUUGUUUGCAGGUGAUGUGCCGGAUGUUCUGGAUGGCGGCCUCGUUGACUGGAGUGAGCUAGAAAGGGUUAACAAAGGUAUCACACCAACUGGCUUCGUUAAAGAGACUGAGGUACUCAAUCGAAGCUCAAACGAUGUAUCAGGGUGGAAUGUUGAUGCACUUUUGACGUCAGAAGGCAUAGCCUCGAUGUAGUAGUUGAAACUAUUUUUGCCAUAGUAUAAACAUAGCUGAAAAGAGCUAAAAACACUCUCAAUACAUUUUGCCGACUUCUG